CAUCGGGUAGCUAUCGGAUCACAGAAAACGCAUGAAGUGACCAGGUGUAAAAAGCCCCUUAAUGACUGUAGUCUCCUCUUAAUAAAACUCUUUCUGCUGAUUCCUAGUGAAAAAGAUGAACUACUGCAUUGUGUGAAUGAAUUCAAUCCCAGUCGUGAGGUCCUGAGGAUCAUGUUGUAUGGACCGGUUGGUGCUGGGAAAUCAUCCUUCAUCAACUCGGUCCAGAGGGCCAUACUAGGCCGCAAUGCCAUGAGCGCUCUGGAAAACUCCUCACGUCAAGGAACAAGCUUCACAAAAAAUUUUACCAUUCACAAGCUGAAGAAGGGCAGAGGUGCGCAUUAUCCUCUAGAGAUUGUGGACAUCAUGGGGAUUGAACCGUUAGAAGGAGGAAUCAAAUGUGACGACAUCAUCAAUGCUUUAGAGGGACAUAUUUUAGAUGAGUACACGUUUAAUCCUGUGAAAUCCAUAUCUAAUGUUGACCCAAAAUACAACAAGGACCCAACUUUGAGCGAUAAAGUUCACUGUCUGGUGUGUGUUCUGCCUGCGGACUCAGUCUCAAGAAUGGAAGAUGACGUCUUUGCAAAAAUGAAGCGUGUUAGAGCUCAUGCUAGCCUGCUUGGAAUCCCUCAAGUUAUCAUGACCAAAGCGGAUAAAGCGUGUGAGCUGGUUAACCAGGAUUUAAAGACAACCUACUACAGCAGGAAGAUCAAAGCGAAGGUGUGUGUACUGUAUGUGUGUGUGUAUGUGUGUGGCACUGAGAGAUAUACUAAAUUUUGCCAAUGAUUAUGUGGAACGAGAGAUGGAAAAAGAAGAGUCAUGAGAGAUAUAUAAAUAAAGUAAGAUGUUGAAUAAUCUUCAAGAAUUUAUAGCUUAGCGUAGAAAAUAGUCAUUAAUAAUAAAAAUGUAUUAAUAUUAAAAGUAUAGUAGACAGAGCCCAGUAGAAGUGCCCAAUACAGGGUUCUUCAGAAAAAUUAAGUCUAGAGAACCAUCGCUUACCUACUGUAUAAACUAAGGAAAAUGUAGUUUCAGUAAGAGAAUGUUAAAAGAUAGCUGAUAUAAGAAUAAGAAAAGUUGAAGGAAUAGUUGUCAUUUUUAUACUAAUCACUAAAAAUGUGGUUUCAUUUAACAAUAUGGCUUCCAUGGCCUCAAUACUGCUUUUUUAUCGGCAGAAAUGUCCACAAUUUUGUGUUAUAAUGAAAUUUCUUUAAGUGAUUAAGCUGCAACUUCAUUCAGAUAAUUGCUGUUGUUCUGUCUAAAUGUUGCAAUUUGUGCUGAGCUGUGAGCAAAAUUCAAGUAGACUCUCGCUUCAUCUUUUAAAAAACAGGGCCUCCAUCUCUCUUUCACUUCAUUGUUUUACAUCGCAGCAAACAGACGUCCAAACGUUUCAAUUGUGUACUGCAACAGCUAUAUAUGGUUAAAAUGACAAUAAAAGCUUCUUGACUUGA